AUUACUCCGACUAUCUGCUUCAACCCCAGCCCACUCACCCACACACGCACUCACUCACUCACCAUGCCUCGCGCCGUCCGUGGUCUCCUGAUCGAGUGCGAUCCCUCGAUCAAAGCCAUGAUCCUCAAAUACGAUGAGGAGCGCCACGACUACAUUGUGGAGGAUCUGGACGACGAAAACCACCUGGUCAUCAAGGAGAGCCAGCUGGAGAACUUGAAGGCCCGUCUCGAUCAUGAUCUUGACGAGAAAAUCAUGCAGUUGGACGAAUCCGAAUCCGAAUAAAGCAUUUUUACCCGCUGCAAGCUACACAUUUUUAUCCUCCCUCGAAGCACCGAUGCCGUCGCAUGCCUUCCUCGCCGUUUUGCAUCCUCGUGCAACCCCCAUCACACGCCGUCGACCCUCGAUUUCCGACUGAAUUGUUGUAAUCGCCCAUUCUUUUAUCACCCUCAUGUGUAUGCAAAGAGACAUUUCCGGCGAAUUGCACUUCCUGGACUCUGCUUCCCAAAGCUAGGACAAUUUCCAGCCUCUCG